ACACUGGGCUGUCCCAGUGCCCUCCAAGGCUCACUGGCACUGUGGUUAGCAGCUCUGGCAACCACCCCAUUUCUCUCUUUUGGUUUUUUUUUUCCCAAUUCUUUCCUGCAACUCUCUCAAAGGAGCCUCAUACCAAAGAGCUGCAUUUUCCAGCUUCCAGUUAUAGCCAUGCCUGCUACGAAUUUGUUGGUGCUCAGUUGGUGGUAUGGGGAAAGAAGGCAGCUCUGUGCUGGCAAGGAAUGCCAGUCCUGGAGUGACCUACAGGACUGCACAGCUGUCCUGCCCCCAGACUGGUGCUCCUGUCACCAUCUGACAGCAGUGAGGAGUUGUCCCAGCCUUUGCACAGUUUUUACAGCACACACAAACCUGCUCUGCACCUGAGGCAGGCUCAAGCCAUUCCAAUUCUUCUGCCUGCUGUUUGCUUUGCUCCGAGGCAGCCAUGACUUGUUAGACAUCAGCUUCCACCAGCUCAGCUCGCAGCUCUUCCCAUGACAAGGUUUCUGUUGUGUAAGCAGAAGCUGAGGAUCAUAUUUGGAUCUCCUGACAGCCCUUUUGUCGUGUGUCCUCAGAGCAAGGCUGCCACAUCUCGCUUAGUCAGUGUCCUUGUGGGGCUGAAUCCUCAGGGCAGAGAUCAAACCCAGGAAUACCAAGGCAUUGCUGGUCCUUUGUGCCUUUACCCUGCAUGGGCAUUGAGUCUACAGAGCUGGAGAUAUGAACAGCGUCCUACCACAUAAAACUGCUCCUUUCACUCCUUGCUCUGUCUGGAUGGGUUCUGCAGGCUCUGUGCCAGCCAUACCAAGAAGAGCCUUUGCAUCGCCUGGUGGGUGUGUUCAUUCCUCAGGCUAUGGAUGGGAAACUUUGCUAUAGGAGAUGCAGCCAGACUGGUGGUGACAGGUUCACAAGCCUUCAGUCCAGCUCAGGCACUGAGGGAGAGGAAAACUGCGGUGGGAUUCUGGCUUUUCAAGAUGGAUACAAUAACUCAUUAUUUUGUGCUCAUUAUCUUCUCCAAUACUUGACUGUCAGAUUUUUUCCUGAUGCUGGGACACUUGUAUAUGAAGGCUGAGGCUAAUUUUGACCCUACUCAACCACUCAGAAUAAGCCUCGAGAUAAAGUCUCAAGACAACCUUGGUUAAGGCUCAAACCACUGAGGUGUUUUUUGUAAUGAGGAGAUGGCUCAGACAACGGCCAAGUCUCAGUGAGGGUGGAGAUUGUAAGGCAGACAGAAGUCAGGUUGGGAUUGUCAGAAAUGUACCGAUUUUUCCAGUAGCAUUUUAUAAUCUUUAGCAGCAACAUUUCGAAGUGAUUCCCCAGGACUUUAGAGCCCUUCUGUCAGCCUUGGAGAAUUUCUAACAUCAACUGCCAAUGUCAAGAAAAAUUAUAACCUCCAUGGUUUGAACAUUUGAGAGACGGCACACCCUGUGCAGUGACACGCUGUGCUGCUGCAGUACUGACCUCACGGGGAUCAGCUGGCUGUUGUUGGAAACAAUCCAAUAGGGAAAAAUGCCUAUGAAACAAGCAGAGGAGACCCAACACAUUUUCAAGGUCCUGCACUCCCCUGCAGCUCCUCUCACAGAGAACCAACAAGUGAUGAGCAAUGAGUUUGGGGAUUGUCGUCUCAAGAUGGAUGAGGGUCAGAAGAGCAUUGAGAAAGGCAUGACCCCUGAUGAUGUGGAAGUACAGCCAGGCAAGGGACAGACUGCAGAUGGUGUGAAACAGCCUGAGCCAACCCCUGAGGCAAAGCUUGAGUUGUUCACAUCAUCUGGCAGCAGCUUCCGAUUUGAUUUUCCACUUUCCAGGACUGACCCAGAAGCUGACCUUGGUGACAGUGGUGCUGAGCAGGUACAAAACAAUGUCAGAGCCACCAAGCAGGAGAACUGGAAUGGCCCCUUGAGGUUUGCUGCCUCUGGACAAGAACCCAGGUUUGCUUUCAACUUUGCCAUCCCAGAUGAAGACUGUCCUCAUCUUCAGUUACUUCCAGGAAGCCAACAUACAGAGGAUACAGCAGAUUCUUCACUGCCUGCUGAAUCAGCAGCUCUGCCACAGGCUGCAGCCUUGCAGGAGCCUGAGGUGACUCAAGUGACAGGGAAUGCACCCAAAGAGGAUAGAAGCCAUGUCACAUCAAAGAUCCCCCAAACAGAGACAGCCUCUGCAGAUGAGGCAAUGACAGAGAAAUCAACAGGAGGUGGAGCUGCCAAGAAGAAAAAAAAGAAGAAACAAAAAGCACCUGUCAGUAAAAACAAAACAGAAGAAACUGAGACCAGCAGGAAGGCAAAGGCAGAAGCUAACAGCUGUAAAAUUACAGAUACUUCCCAUCAGGAUGAGAAGACCUCUCAGCAGUCAGAUGAGCAGCUGUGGAAAGAGGUGGACUGGUGUGUGAACCAGCUGGAACUCGGCUUGAAGACACAGAAACCCACUCCAAAGCAGGCUGAGGAGGCUCUCAGGGCCAUCAGGACCCUGCGCAGUGACAAGGCUCCCCUGGUGAAGAAGCGUCAGCUCAUGAGAGCCAUGUUUGGAGACUACAGGAAGAAGAUGCAGGAGGAGCUGUGCAGAGAGCUGAAGCUUAUGGAAACAGCUGCAAAAUCUGCCAGGAUCAUGGACUUGAGGGGAAGCAGCCACAAGAACGGCCAGUUCAUCCGGAAGUGCUUGGGAGUUUGCAGGAAGAGCCAAGGUUCAGCAGAAUCCUCUUCAGAGUCACACAGGACACUUAACACAGGCUUAUUCAAUUUCACAGCUCCCCAAGAAUUUCACUUUAAUUUCUUCUAGAAAAGUCACUUUGACUAAAACUGUGCCAGAUCUCCUGUAAACUGAAGAAUGGUGGAAAGGUGUUGUGCAGUAGGAAAUGUCAUGUGUCAAUCUCUGAAUCUUCUUCCAGGGUGCCUUAUCUAGAAGUUUAAAUCAGAUCUGCCUACUAUGCAUACUCAGCCUACAUAAGUGCUCCUCUGUGCUCACACUGGAGAAAGGCACCUUUGAAGGGCUCAGCAGUGUGGAAGGAUCUGCUUUCUGUCCUGUAGAAUUGACAUCAACUGUAGAAUCUGUCUUCUAUACCAUGAGAUUUUUCCCUUUCUCCCAUUGCUUUUAAAUAGAGCAGAGCCUUUCUAGCAGCCAAGGUGGCAGUGCAUACAGCAGGGAAUGGUUUGGAAUCAAGAUCCAGAGCAGUGAAGAGCUGGGUGCUUCCACUCCCCAAGUCUGUGUGAAUGCAGCUUCUGGCAUCCAGCAAAUACCAGCAGUGUGUCAUCCCUGACAUGGAGGAGCACGAGCUCAGGGUCUUUGGGGAAAAGUGAGACCCAUUUUUGCUCAUUCAUCUCUUUCAUUGACAGGUACAGACCUAGAAUAAAACUGCACAUCAUGAUUUAAUCCAGCCUAGAGAUGUAAGGACAGUUGUUUCCACUAAAACUGGGAAAUUUUUUGUUGCUGAAGCCAGGUUCUGAACAGCUAGGAAGGAUGUACAAUCAACUCUUAAAUAAAGUUUACUUUAUUAGUAGCUCAGUUAUGACCACUAGUGCCUCAGAGAGAAAAUUAGUGCAUGCCAGCCUUGGGUGGUCAUAAAAUAAACUGUCACAGCCCAAAGACUCUCUUCCAUUUGAUUUGUAUUAAAUUUUGGCUUUUU